AUGGGUGCAUCAUGUACACGAUCAAAUACGGUUCUCCCAGUCAACACACAAGCAGUAUCUACCGCAAGCAAAGAUAUAAAUGAUUUGCCUGGACAAACAUUCACGACACCACUGGUACCCAUCGAACUAAAUGAAAAUCUUGAACAUUUCACUGUUAUAUGGCUUGAUGCUGGAAUCGACACUUCAUCAGAUUGUAUUAAUACAAAACAACAUUUACUAAGUAUCAUUAAUUAUCUUAAAACAUUUACCGAUUCUGCCAAAUGUAUCGAUUAUAUUAAAACUGUCAAAGAGGAAAAAGUGUUUCUUAUUGUGUCCGGUGCAUAUGGUGAAGAUGUUGUAUCAGAGAUUGAAAAUCUUCCACAAAUUCGCAUCGUUUAUGUUUUUUGCCAGAAUGCUGAAAAACAUAAAGAAUGGGUGUCAAAUCAUUCGAUAGUGCAAGGUAUUUUUACCGACACGGAAAAACUUUACAAAAAACUGACAGAAGAUGUUCAAUUAGCUGAUUCUAGUUUAUUGUCAAUUGCCAUUUUGAGUCCAGAUUCAAAAGAAAAUCAAGUAACUGAUUUAAAUCAACAAAAAACAGCAUUAAGGAAAUGGUCAACAGAUUAG